GCGCUGACGCGUUACCCGUAUGUAGUGUGGGCCUCGCUCGUCCUGCUCCUGCUCCCCAGCUCAGUGUUGGUUUGUGUGUGUGAGUGAGAUGGAUCCCCACAGUUGCUAGUCUCUCUCGUAACUGUUUUAAAAAAUACACGAACCGUCCGUUUUUCCUGUAUAGUCCCGUCCCCUUUAGAAAAAUCUAAUUUACGUUUUGAUCCACUCCACAUACAACAGCAUUGAUGGUAAUGUAUGCAAGGAAACAACCGAGACUCAAUGAUGGGUGUCACGACAGGAGGGAAUCCCAGCCCUAUCAGACUCUUAAAUAUCCAUCGAAGAGUCACGCAAGCAGCAGUGAUCAUCGUCAUGACAAGGCUAGAGAAUCAGGAGAUCCAUCACCACCCUGUAAAAUGCUGCGUCGUUCUAACAGUCCUGAAAAUAAACAUAGUGAUAGUACAGGACAUAAGAGUAAAACUGUGCACUCGCAUCGAGCCAGAGAACGAGAUGGAGGGACCAGCUAUUCUCCACAGGAGAAUUCACAUAAUAACAGUACCCAUCAUAGCUCAAAUUCGCAUUCUUCUAAUCCUAGUAACAAUCCAAGUAAAACUUCAGAUGCACCUUAUGAACCAGCCGAUGACUGGUCAGAGCACAUCAGCUCUUCAGGCAAAAAAUACUACUACAACUGCAGGACAGAAGUUUCUCAAUGGGAGAAACCCAAAGAAUGGAUUGAAAGAGAGCAGAGACAUAAAGAAGCAAGUAAAGUUGGGCUUUUUAACAGCUUCCCAAGAGAUCGAGAUUACAGAAGAGAAAUUUUGCAAGCAACUGCUGGGUUUACAAGUGGAAUGGAAGACAAGCAUUCCAGCGGUGCCGGUAGUAUGCUCUCCCAGAAUAUUUUGUCCCAGACAAACAGACACAAUGACAGAGACUACAGACUGCCCAGAACAGAGACUCCUGGUGAAGCUGCCCCAGUGCAGCACCCCGUCAAACCAGUGGUUCUCCCAACAACAAACCCAAGCACUGUUCCUUCUAGUCCUUUUAGUCUACAGCCUGAGCAUCAUCCAAAGAAAUCCUUUGAUGCUAAUGGAGCAGCUACUGUACCGAAAGUGCCUACACCCACACCUUCCAUCCCCAACCAGAAGACGGAAAAGAAAGAAACAACUUCAGUUGACAAGCCAACAUCUCAUUCAUGUGCUACUCCUUCAUCGUCAUCCUCUGGAAUGACUCCAGCUUCUCAGACGCCAUCGGCCACAACAUCUACUGUUCCUGUUUCGCCUGUUCCUCAGUCACCUAUUCCUCCUCUGCUUCAGGAUCCAAAUCUUUUGCGGCAACUACUUCCAGCUUUACAGGCCACUUUGCAACUUAACAAUGCUAAUGUGGAUAUGUCAAAAAUAAAUGAAGUCCUUACAGCUGCUGUCACACAAGCUUCCUUGCAAUCGAUGCUUCAUAAGCUCCUCACGACUGGACCAUCAGCUUUAAGCAUUACAACUCUCCUUUCCCAAGCUGCACAGUUGUCUUCUCAAGCCCCUCAGUCUAAUCAGUCUCCAAUGUCAUUGGCAUCAGAUGCAUCAUCCCCGAGGUCGUAUGUGUCCCCUCGGAUUAGUACACCGCAGACUAACCCAGUUCCUCUUAAACCGCUGAUGAAUACGCCUCCAGUAACAUCUCAGCCAAAGUCCAGUGCUUCAGUUGUGAAACAAGGACCAGCACAACAGCAAGUAUCUCAGCAAACUCCAACUUCUGACAAACAUGGGCAUGAGCCUGAAUCCCCUCGCCAUGUUCAACGGUCAAGCAAACAGAGAAGCCCAUCACCAAGUUCAAAUCACAUCCCAAGCAGCAGUGCAACUUCAGUAUCAUCAACAACAACUGCACGUUCUUCGUGUUCAUUGACGCCGACGCUAGUUGCACAUUUCAGUGAAAAUCUUAUUAAACAUGUUCAGGGUUGGCCUGCUGAUCAUGCGGAAAAGCAAGCAUCACGGCUGAGAGAAGAAGCACACAACAUGGGAAGUAUUCACAUAUCUGAAAUUUGUACUGAGCUCAAAAACUUAAGAUCUUUGGUCCGAGUAUGUGAAAUCCAAGCCACUUUGCGUGAGCAAAGGAUACUGUUUUUGAGACAACAAAUUAAAGAGCUUGAAAAACUGAAGAAUCAAAAUUCCUUUAUGGUGUGAGGGCUUGUGAAGAAAAAUUGCACAUGGUUUAAAGCCAGGGACUGUAAACGCUUGCCCAAUCUUAAACUAAAAUUUGAGCUGCGUUUGAGAAGGCUUUGGACCGUGGGUCUGGGCAAAAGGGUGGAAUGGGAGGGGGACAAGGCGGAUUCUGAUUCAGGGGAGAUAAAGUGGUUAAUUUGUAAACCCUUGAAAUGUAGAUUUCUUGUAGAUGUAUUCUUCACGUUGUAAAUAUGUUUUGUAGAGUGAAGCCAUGGGAAGCCAUGUGUAUCAGAGCUUUGACAUCUGAACUAAUCAAUGCUGAGGUGGCUAAAUACCUAGCCUUUUACAUGUUAACUUGUCUGCAAACUAGCUUUGGUAAUUUUCAUCAUUCAGUGAAAUGCAUUUCUUAGAAUGCUGGCACCAGCCAGUGUGCAUCACGGGCUGCAACAACUGGAACGGUUUGGUCAGUAUACAAAUUAGCAUGGAGCACCUUCAGAUUCCACAUACCCAGUCAGGCACAGCUCUGCAGGCAGCUUUCUUCAUUGCAAGGCAAUUACAAUUUUUUUCCUUAAGGCAUUGUGGCCAAGGCACUUGGGUUCACCAACUUUUCAUUCCUCCUUACAGCAGUUCAUAGUUGUGCGCUGUUGACUGAAUAAAAUACAGAUUGUUGCAGUAGGUACAGUACAGAUUGAUUUUUUGUAUGCCUACCUAAUUGCUGUGUAUUUGCAUUUGUGCCCUGUUUUAAAACAAAAAUGGGAGCAGAGACAGAUUGAUACAGGGCAUGUGUAUAUUUAUUAAGUGGCUGAAGCCACUCACAAUUAGUGACAAGCUCAAUGUUAAUUGCUAACAUUGUUGAUGGUGGGAGAAAGCUGGUCAUUCAUGAGAAGAUGUAUGUAAAUAUAAUAAACUUUUGUUUAAAGCACUGGGUACCCUUUUUAUUCAGCUACUGCAUAUAGGAAGCUGAACUGCUCUGGCAAACCUGAUUGGGAGUAAUCCUUGUUGGAUGCUUGUUUUUUUUUGUAUAGAACCCUGGCUUUCAAGAAGAGACCAUUUUGUGCAAAAUUGAACGACAAUUUUUUUUCUUUGUAAAUGAUUCUGUGACUAAAACAAGAACUUCAACAAGGAUUUGGGAUUCCUUGCCUGUAAUUGGCUUGUGUAAAGUCUUGGUUUACCUGUAUUACUAUAAUGACACAUUUAAUUUGAAGGAUGUUUGUGUUGUAGCUAACUGUGCAAGUAAGGUGCUGACUGCUGUUCUUUUGCCAUCACAAUACGCUAGAUCUGUGUAAUUUGAGCAUGUGACCAUCAUUGGAAAAUGGUGGUAGAGCUCACCUUUGUAUAUUGUUUCCUAAAGUAUAUAAAAAAAAUAAAACUAUGCUACCACUG